AUGGCGUGCCAUUGGGAACCUAUCAUCACACAGUACUACAAGACUUUGGGCGACCAAGCAAAAAAUCAGCCAGUUUUUGUGAUAGACUUUCAGUACUGUUACACCACCCAAUUUUCAACCGUCCCAAUCGAAUUCUCAAUUGCCGCGUUGCGUCCAAACAACCCCUCAGAAUCUCUCGACCCAUAUACAAAAAUCCUUCGACCGGAAGUCCCCGACAAUUAUAAAUUGCGAGCAAAGCAACACGCAAAGACAGAACACCAAAUCGACGACAUCACAAACCCCGAGAAAGAAACGGACUUUGUGAUGGUGUGGAAAAUGAUGAAUAAGUACAUCAACGACUUGACAAGCUCCGUGUUCCAACCCGUCGUCGUGUGUAAGGGGUUUUCACGUGCGAUGCAGUGUGUCGAGUACAUCUCGCGACAAGCAAACGUCUCAGGCAACGAACUAGCGGAGAGUGCUUUUAGGGUUAUGUUUCCUCUCGACGAGUUUGUCCAGACAAUGCUCUCUCUCAAACGUGUUGUUAUCGACCAAAACUAUUUAUCAAGAGUCGUUAAGCCAAUGCUAACCUUAAACCCUAAUGAGGAAUACCGGUGCUCAUUCCAUGCCGAACAGAAGAAUAUAUUGUAUGGGUGUUCAAAGGCAAAUUCGUUGUAUUUUGUUCAAUUCUUGACGGACUUGAACAUCCCGGAAUGCGUCAGUAAAAUUGCGUUGUGA